CCCGCGCUCCUCCCCUGCUAUUCUAACCACCAGCUGGUGCUAGCUGUCUCUCUCUUGUCAUGUGACCUCCCCACUCUCUCACUCUAUUUCUCUCUCUGCUCAGCUCAAUUCGAUCUUCUCUAUCUCCCCCUCACCCUCCCUUGUCCCUAUCAUUCCCAUUGCCCAAUUUAGCUCACAAACGGGCCGAGCCGACCCCCUCACCGUCCAUCCAAACCCAUCGGCAGCGCCGGCACGGCGAGCAGCAAGAAAAACGCGAGCUAAAAAAGGAACCGCGCGCGCAAUCCCCGGCACCGCGCCCGUCGCCCCUACAUUGCCGCUUGAGCCCUCGGCAUCGCAGAGGUUUCGGCGUUGCGCCAUCCACUCGCGCGUGUUGUGCGUUGCCUCGUCCAACGCGCGGCCAUGGCGCAGCUGCCGCCCAAGAUCCCCACCAUGGCGCCGACCUGGCCGGAGUUCGGGGGCGGGCACCACCACCACGCCCAUCACCACCAGCGCAGCCCCUCCGUGGGCGCGUUCCUCGCCGCGCCCAUGCCGCCGCUCCCGCCGCAGCACCAGCAGCAGCCGUCGUGGGUCGACGAGUUCCUCGACUUCUCGGCCGCCAAGCGCGGCGCGCACCGCCGCUCGGUCAGCGACUCCGUGGCAUUCCUCGAGGCCGGCCCCGACGACAAUGCCGGCGUCGGGGCGCACGACUUCUACCGCCUCGACGACGACCAGCUCCUGUCCAUGUUCUCCGACGACCUGCCGCCGCCGCCUCCGCAGGCCGCGCCCGCGCCCUGCUCGUCAUCGCCGUCCGACCACAACAGCAUCAAUGACGAGAAGCCGGACAAGGGCGAGACAGAGGAGGCGCAGAGCGAGUGCAACGGGGACGCCGCCGCCGCGCCGGGGCAGCCGGCCUCCCACGCCGCAGCUGACCCCAAGCGUGUCAAGAGGAUCCUGGCAAACCGGCAGUCCGCGCAGCGGUCGCGCGUGCGCAAGCUGCAGUACAUCUCGGAGCUGGAGCGCAGCGUCACGUCGCUUCAGACGGAGGUGUCGGCAUUAUCCCCGCGCGUGGCGUUCCUCGACCACCAGCGCUCGCUGCUGACGCUGGGGAACAGCCACCUCAAGCAGCGCAUCGCGGCGCUCGCGCAGGACAAGAUCUUCAAAGAUGGUGACCGCUGUUACCACCUCGAUUACAAUUCUCGCCAGUCACUAUAUGAAUUCAGUUCACGCUGCAUGUAUGAAGCUGCAGCCAUGAUGAUGCAUUACAUCUCACUAACCACUGCUCUGACGCCGUCUGAAUUCUCUGUGCGCAGCUCAUCAGGAGGCUCUAAAGAGGGAGAUCGAGAGGCUGAGGCAAAUCUACCACCAACAAAGCCUCAAGAAUGUGGAGUCCCCAACGGCCGAUGCGGCCCCGAUCCGCAGCGACAAGGAUCUGAUCGCCAGCGAGGGGGCCGCCGCGCCCUGUCCGCCCUCGUGAUAUGAAGAAGACCAUCCGGUUGCUGUAGUGGGGUGGUCUGCCUCCCAUGACAACGAAGUGUUGUUGUUAGGAUUGGUGCAUUGUCUGGGUUUGCAUUCUUUGGGGUGUAUGUAAUGUAAUGUAAAAAAAAAAGAACUUGAUUGUUUUGUUCAUUUUGGUUGGUUUGUUUGUUUGUUCAUUCUUGCAUCCUCUGCUGGCUGCUGUGCUGCUGCUCCUGAUCCUUCCACCUCCCUGAUUUGUAAUUCAGAUUGGUUGAGGUCAAUUGUUUGUUUGGGUUGGUUUUGUAUCUGAUCAAUCAAAUGUAUGUUUUCAGCA